ACAGUCGCAACCACAGAUGGAGCAACCCCUCGUUCAACAGGAGCAGGAGAUGCACCGUCAGUACUGACUUCGCCGUGGGUCAGCUCUGUCGCAAUCGACUCCUCUGAAAACUGGCUGGUGACAGGGAGUGGAGGAGGAUCACUCACAGUAUGGAGCUUGGCUUCUAUGUCAGCCAUUGCUGGGGUGAUGAUGCCAGCAGGAGUACAGAGCGUCCAAUUUGCUCGAGAUCAGAUUGUGUCCGUAGGUGCUGAGCCGUACUUGACUCGUCUGAACUUCGAUGGGAAAGUAUUAUCACGAAUUGCAUGUGCGCCAAACUCGUCCUUCGCUGCCGCGAUGCAUCCAUCAGGGUUCCCCUCCCGCGUACGGGAAUCGACACUCAAUGUCUUUGAGGUACCCGGUGACUACCAUGCGCUGUUUGUUGGCACAGGUCGACUCAGGCGCUGCACUUGCCCCUGUAAGCGCAGUGUUGCAUACUGUAACGGUGCAGACCAGAACAAGAACCGACCUUUCAAUACAAAGUACAAGAUAGCGUAGCGGAAGACUUAGAUACCAAUGAUCCGAACAAUCAAUAUUGCAAUGCAGC